AUGGCCCGCAUCCAGGAAAAUGUCAAGGACUCUCCAUCUUCAUUGCAACAACAAUCCCACGAUGCCACGAAGAAUGAUCAUAAUACCAUCCAAAUACCCACUUCAUCCUUUACUGCAUUCAGACUUCUUUAUGCCACUUCCGCUGAAGUGAGUCAUUUAGCCUCCACUGUAUUCCUUGGAAAAGUGCCCGACACUUGGAUAAAGUUGUCUAAUGCGCCAUCUCUUUUUUCGAAUUCAACAUCCCAUAAGUGUACCGCAAGACUGAAAAUUCCGGCCACUACUUUGAGUCUCAAGAAGCGUAUGAAUAAGCUCACGGGUCUAGGCUCGUCACCGAUCGAAAAUUAUGUCACUGAGAAUACUCAAGAGAAUAUUUCUGAGCAAAGACUACCAUUUGAUGCCUGGGAAGAAACAUCCUCAAAAAGCUUUUUAUCCGACGAGACUGUGCUACGAAAUGCAGUCACAAAUUCGACAGCCUCGGAUGAUAUGUCAUUUGAUAUCUGCCAAGAAGAUAUCUCCCCAGCUAAUGUCAAUAUUUCAACAGGAAAUAAUGAUGAACCCAAGCAUGAACUAAAAUUACUGAUGGACUCGCAAUGUGGAGCAUAUCCUACGAAAGACAAGCCCACAUUUCACGUGAAAAAGUCAAUUCCCUAUUUAGCCAGCUCAGAGCUUUUCGGGGAGCACAAGAAGUCCUCAAUGAAAGAAAGAAGUCUGGGUGAGUCUUCGUCUAUGCGAUAUAAGUCUGAGAGGGCUGACGACAAGAAACUUAAAGUGCAGUUCGCAAACCCCCAACCAGAAGAAAAAACAUCUAAUGAAAUCUUGCAACAGGAAUACGUCUUGGCCGAACGAGAACACUAUCGUGUCGUGCGGAAAAUGCAGACGCUUGCUCGUAAGUCAAAAGGGAGAGCACAACUGAGCAGCUCAAAACUCAAGCUAAAGAUUGUUGAUAACAUAUUGCAGAAACGAAAGAUUGGAGAGAUUGUUAGAGUGGAUAAAAUGCUUGUUAUGAUACGAAAGGUUAGUAACAUUUCAACAGUACUUUCUUUCACAGAGCGGAGUGACGCAGAUUCUACCAUUCAAGACCAUUGGAGAGAAUACUUUGUUGUGCUAAGAAACACCGGCAGUCAUGUUAAUCCUUUGCAUGUUCUGUUGUUUGAAAGGAACAAAGGAAAAAAUUUUGAAGAAAAACCUGAGCAUUCCUUCGACAUCAACGAAGACAUUCGUGCAGACUUUUUCUCCCUCACGGACAAGACUAUCAGUAUUGCUAAUCUCGUCGAAGAUGGCUUGAAAAUAUUUAUCAUGAACAUGAAGUAUACAACAGUGGCUUUCAAAUGGCUUUAUAUGAUAAAGGAAGUUCUUAAAGAGGAUUUCUUUUCUACUGUGAAAAUUGAUAUUGCAGGAAAGAGGACGCAGAUUAAAAUUGACGUUCCUCGGCCACUUCUUGAUCAAUCUCUUGCUGGGGCUGAGCUUUUGAAGUUACACGAGCAGCCAACUGGAUACGCAGUAGAGUCCGAUGUUCUAUUUUCAUACUUGAGUACAAAAAUCGGUACAUAUAUGAGAGCUUUUGCAAACCGCAGUAACUCUGCUUCUGAGUGGCUUGAACAAAACUCUACCCCUGCAUUUUGCUUCAAAUAUUAUGACAGACUUGAGUGGAUCCCCAGUGAUGGAAAGUCGCUAGUCUUACAAAGUCAACUUUUGGGUGAAGGAGCCACUUUGGAGUACAGACAAAUGACUAAGAUUCCCUUGUCUGUAAAAGAUACAAAGGGGAGAGUUAUAUCACGCCCAACUUCCAUCGAAGGCUUCCUCUCGAGGAUCACCAACACCAUGGGAAAAGAAUACUCCAAGUUCCGUUCUUUUUACAAAAUUCAAUACUUUUUCUCCUCAGAAAAUAUUCUAUUUUUUUCAUCACUACUCAGAGGAGUGCCUCCAUCGCCGCAGAAUCAACUUUUGAAAGAGGGUGUGGACAAAGGAAGCUUGUGCAACCUGCUACCUGAUGUUUACCCAAAAACUUCUUUCGAAUUGGAUGAUCACGAACAUAUCAGCUGGUUAUCGAAAGCAGAUUUCGAGAAAUUUGAUAAUGAGGCUGUCGAAGAGUUUUCCAGAAAACUACGUCAAAUAGUUGGUGCGAGGGCUAUGGUAGAUAUUUGCAUGAUAUCAGCGGUGAAAGCAAUACCUUUUGAGAAAAUCCAAGCCCGCCAUCUUUAUUUUCAGCUGUAUUUGUGGUACUCGAGUCCAGUUGUCUUGGAUGAUAUGAAUAUCAUGGAUUGCGGUUUCGAGAUCGAGCUUUUUGACGGUAGUCAACUAAAAUUGCUAGCACCUCUGAGAAAUAUAAGGGAUGAGUGGGUUGAAAGGUUAAAUGAGUUGGCAAUAUACUGGAGAUCACAUAUGGCUAAACUUUCUUUAGCAGAAACAUCAAGCAAGCUUAAAAAUAUGGCAAAGCUAAGACUGGGAGAUUAUGUGGAUUCAAAUCUCUCUUUCGGUCACGACAGUCUUGAGGUCGGUAAAUCUUUUGCGAACGAUAUCACAUUUACGUCUUCUGGGCUAGCAAUGUCGACAUGUGUAUUGUGCUCUGGGUAUCUAUACCAAAAACAAAAAAAGCACUCUAGCUUUUCUCGAUACUUUGUUGUGCUUUGUUCAGGAUAUCUUUUGAUAUAUUCUCUAUUCAAGCGCUCAAAAGUGACAGGCGUUCAAAAAGAUACGCCUUACUACGAAAGAUACAUGACGAUACCAAUUUCGGAGUGCUACGUCUAUUCUGAAAGUAGCACUCAGCUUGAUCUUGUCGCUUCUCAAAAAGUUAAAUCACCAGGAGAGUGCGAUCUACCUAGAAUAUAUCCUGAUGGAUGGAGAUCGUCUGAGGAGGAAUUCAUGAGAUGCUUUUCUAUUUGGUUCGGUGGUAAGCGAGCAUUACGACACAGCACGAAGCGUCAGAGCUCUAGCACGAUACAUGGAAAAGUGGACCUCAAAAAUCCUGGUAUGAUGCACAUGACCCGGAAGCUGGGUGUCACCGGAAAAAUUCUUGUUUUUUUGGCAAGAUCUAGGCAAGAGCGAGAACAUUGGGUCUACAACAUACUACAGGAGAUUAAUCGAUUCUCUGCCAAUUGA